GCUCGCUUCUUACCGUGCCCGAACAACCAUCGAGAAGAGCAAAAUUCUUACGCGAAUUAAAUCAGUGAAUAUUAGUGCUUUUUACAAAACUUGCUCGCGAGUUCUGCUAUUUGAAGAGGAGUUUUCCAGCCGUGAAACACACGUCGCAAUAUAUAAUCGAUGUUGUGACGACGGACUGCCAAAUUUAUCUACAUGCGCUGCUCCGGAGGGCCGUGAUACUUGGAGGAGGCGAAUCGAGAGCCAGAGAAAGAGACCAACGCCAGGAUGCUUCAGCCUUGGUGCAGCGGAAGCGCCCGCUGCGUACGCAAGGCGCUCUUCUUCGUCUUCAUAUGGGGAUUGAUAAUGAUCGCCGCUAUACAGUUCCGUCACAUGGAAACAGUACAGGAGAAUGUGGCUGGAUCCGCGUCCCACGGAGCCAGCCUAAGCUCCGGUCGUUUUCUCCUACAGCAAUUGAUUGAUUCCAGCUACACCCGCGAGCCUGUUGUCCCGGUGACCCAGAGCCCCCUGGAAAUGGAGCCGCUCCUCGACAAGACCCCUUCACGGACCGAGGACAAACUAAUCGAGGAAAUCGAGACGAGGCUCCCGAGUCUACCUCUCGCCUAUUGGAACCGUAAUAAAAACAACAAGGCGAUGCACUACAAGAACGAAAGCUGUGCCAAAUUUCCAAGUAUAUUCGACCUCGAGUUCAACAACAUCUACUGGCAGAGCAUGCACACCUCUAACGGCUCCUUUCAACUCUUUGGGGCUUUCUACGACACGAGGGAACUCUCCAAGAUUGGCCCGGCAAUCAGAAUCGUCGGCAUGAUCAACAGGAUCGAACCGACUGUCAAGAGUUUCUGCCAGAUCUGGUACGAGGGUGAAAAAGAACCGCAGCUCGUCGAGACCUUCGAGUACAAAUACGUUUGGUACUCGAAGUGGGGCAACUACAAACAAGGUAUAUAUCAGCCGUAUAUAAUCACGUGCAGAGUACCCCAAAGUCACCACAAACAGGUGCCAGCAUCGGUGUCGUUGGUGCCGAAGGCAUGCGAUACUGCGACAAAUAAUCUCAGGGUUAUUUAUAACAAACCGCCGAAGAAGAAGGACUUCGCUGUUUGCGUCAAGGGGCUGGACUUUCUACACGAAGAUCUCUCGGUCAGGCUGGUCGAGUGGAUAGAAAUGAUAAACCUCCUCGGUGCCGAUAAGAUAUUCUUUUACGAACUUCAGGUUCAUCCGAAUAUCAGCAAGGUACUGAACUACUACGAGAAACUUGGCAAGAUACACGUCACUCCCUUGACACUUCCUGGGGGUCAGCCGAACGUUCCAGCAUUCCAACACAUGUACCUUACUAAAAAGAUGAACCAUAAACGUCAGAACGAACUCAUACCGUACAACGACUGUCUCUACAAACACAUGUACGAGUACGAGUAUAUAGCGCUAUUGGACAUCGACGAGGUUAUCAUGCCUGUUCAAGACGCAACGUGGAGGGAGUUAAUGGACAGGAUAUUGCCGAAGUCCUUGAAAAUCCGUAACGAAUCGAGAGCGUCCUAUAACGUGAGGAACGUCUACUUUCUCGACGAUCUUCUGCACUCCCAUGGAUGGUUCAAAGACAUGCCAAGGUACAUGCACAUGCUCCAGCACGUCUACAGGGCGCAAAACUUCACGAAGCCGAAUCAGUACGUGAAGUGCUUCCACAAUCCAGAACGAGUUGUAACCCUUCACAAUCACUUCCCGCUAGCUUGUCUGGGAUCUGGUUGCACCAGCUACCCAAUAGAAACCGGGGACGCCCAGCUUCAGCAUUAUCGCGCUGACUGCGUCAAGUCCCUGAAGAAGUCCUGCGUUGAGUACAGAAAAAACAGCGUGAUGGACACGACGAUAUGGAGGUAUAAGAACAAGCUUAUCGACAGGGUUACGCGGACGUUGAAGACUCUUGGAUUCUUCGGACCCGGCUACGCCUCGGAGAGAUAGUCAACGGCCCCAAGAGGGGCCAGGCGAUCUAGGUCCAGAAGAAUCAACCCGCUGAGACAUCGGAUGGACUUUUGAUGGUGGUGGUGUCGUCGGGACGAUAAGUAGAGUCCUUUGAUCGCCAACACUUAUCUACGUACUUUAAAAACGGAACACUAAGAAGAUUUUAAUAGUUGUGCGAUGUUUUUACUUCCACCGCAGCGUGUAAAUGUCUCUAUGUUUGUCUGUACU